ACAGUGCUGUAAUAGGGGUCUUUAUUGCCACCAUGGCAAUUGCAACUGCUUAUGACGUGAUUAUCGUGCAAAGACCAAAAUCUAGCAAAAAACAGCCCAUGGAAAUCUUCAAAAAUGGAGGAACACAACAAAAUGGAAAAUUAAAUGGAGUAUUUGUGAAUGAUGAUCACAAGAGCCCUGAUAUUAAUAUCAGCAAAAGUGAGGAUACUGAAAAGCGUUCAUCUAAGUAUGAAGAAAUGUAUAAGCCAUCAGAAAAUGGUAUUGUUAAUGAAAAAGAAGAAUAUAGACCUGGUGUCCUUGGUAAACUCUUACUUUCUUUCUCUGUUUAUACAAAUGGAGCAAAGAUCUUAAAUACACACCAAGGCGCUGGAACAUUGACAGCAGUCAAUGGUAUUCGCUUCAUCAGUAUGACUUGGGUAAUUCUCGGACAUUCCAUUGGAUUCGGCGCUCCUAAUACAUCAAACCUAGCUACCUUUUACCCAAAGAUGAUUAGUAGGACAUCAUUCAUGGGCAUCUUAAAUGCUGAAGUGUCUGUGGAUACAUUCUUUUCAUUAAGUGGCUGUUUAUUAACUUAUCUCGUGCUAAAACAAUUGAAGAAACAAAAGGGGAAGCUGAACUGGUUUAUGUUCUAUUUUCAUAGAUUUUGGAGGCUAACACCACCAUAUAUGCUGGUUAUGAUGGUCUAUAUAGCUUUGUUUCCGUACCUUGGAAGUGGUCCUAUAUGGAAAAAGAAUGGAUUAGAAAAUAAUUAUUGUAAGGAUACAUGGUGGUACAAUCUACUCUAUAUACAAAACUUUCGGCCUAUAACGGACCAGUGCUUUGCGUGGGCCUGGUAUUUAGCCAAUGACAUGCAGUUUUAUGUUAUCAGUCCUAUUCUUCUUCUUCCGCUUUAUUUUAACAAAGUGGCAGGUACUAUUGUAACAGCCAUGUUUCUAGGAGGUACAACAAUAGCUACAGGGAUUAUUUCUACCCACUACGACCUUGGAUUAUCUACCUUUGACAAGAAUGCAAUGGACUACUUUAACAACUACUAUAUUAAACCAUAUACUAGGAUGGGUCCAUACCUGGUCGGAAUAUACACUGGUUAUAUCUUGUAUAAAAUUAAGUGUACAUUCAAAAUAAAUAAGUUUGUUAACCUACUUUUAUGGGGAGUUUUCACUGCAGUGGCCUGUUCAGUAUUAUAUGGAGUAUAUGACAACUACAAUGGAAAACCAUUUUCAACAGAGGUGGCUUCUUUAUAUAAUGCUGUACAUAAAACUGGUUGGGGUGCCGCUGUUUGUUGGGUUAUAUUUGCCUGCGCUACAGGAAACGGAGGAUUUAUCAACACAACUUUGUCAUGGAAAGGGUUUGUGCCAUUGAGUAGACUGACUUACUCUGCUUACCUGAUUCAUCCAGUAGUAAUACAAUAUUAUGUGUAUACACGGAAACAAAUGAUAUAUGUGGAUGAUCAUCAAAUUAUUUAUGACUUCCUUGGAAACCUUGGACUCUCAUAUGCUGCUGCUUUUAUAGUAUCACUUGCAUUUGAAUCACCAAUGAUGGGACUGGAGAAAGUAAUCUUCAAAAGAGAUAAGAAAAAAUGA